AUGGUUCGCCGCUACUCGUUAGAGCAGGAGGAAUUUGUGCGGAGGCGUAUCGAGGCAGGGCUCACGAAUCCCGUCAUCCGAGAUGCCUUCAAGGCCAGGUUCCCGGAAUCGCAUGCCACCAGCCCUUUUGAGCUGAACCAGGUAUCUUACCUUCGGAAGAAACACAAAGAGGCCUCUCUUGGAUUCUGCAAUCCUGGGUUUCGCGAGCAGGUUGCGAGGAUCAACGAAAAGAGGGCGGCUCAAGGCCAGCCACUCCUAGGCGAAUCGACCGACGUGGAGGAGAGCGAGGACGACGAUAGUGAGGAAGGCGACGCAAACAAAGAGGAAGCCCCAAACACUGGCAAUGGGGCUCGGUCGUCACGGGCACUGCGGAGCGCCACUGCCGGCAGUGCCAUCGCUACUACUACUGCAGCAGCCUCUCAACCUCCUGCGCCUGCCCAAACACCGACUUCGCAGGUGACAACCCAAGCUCCAGUCCAAGCCCAGGCUCAAGCUCGGUUCGAGCCUCGCCCUGCUUCCAACUCCACGGCGGCCCCUGCUAGCUCUCUCCCUUCCCCGAACAAUAGCUCAGUCCCGCAACAACCUGCUGGUCAGACCGCCACCUUCCGCCCAUCAGCCCAGCACGCCCGGCCACCAAGCAAUGCUACCGAGGUUCCAGGAGUGGCGGCUUUGUCAAGCGUCGACGGCGAAAAGACUUCAGCAACUGGCAAGCCCGACACGCGUCCCGCCCAGGAGCCCGAGCGAGCCAUUACGAAUAUCCCUACACGCACCGACGGCAUGGCUCGCAUAGCCCCAGGCUCGAACGCGGGUCAGCAUAAGCAGUCAAAUGUGCCUGUGCUGGCCAAUAGCAACAAAUCCAUGGACGCUUUUGAGCAGACCCAUCAGGCUACCACCCAGCUUCCUCAGCUCACACUCGGCGAUUUCCACCCUGGUAUGCGCAAUUCCUAUCUAUCCGACCAGCAGUCUCGGGGUACCAUCAGCCCUGGCCAGCUCGCAAAGGGUGCUGGUGCUGUCAGUGCCAGUGCUCCAAGCCCUGCCUUGCAGGUAGCUGCGCACGCUCAGCUUGCGCCCAACGCCUACCAACAUCCUGGCCCCACGGAGACAUCUAGCCUGAGCCAGACAGAUACGGAUGGCGCGCUUGGUAAGAGGAAGGCAAACUCGCCCCCAGACCUUGCGGCCACGGACGAGAAUGGUGAGAAGCGGCCGAAGCUCUCAGAGCAACAGCCUGAUGCUCAAUCUCACCCCGCAGACGCCGCGAAACCAGAAGAUUUGGGGCGCACGUCGCUUGCUUCCGCGUUGGGGUCUGCAAACAAGCCGAGCAGCGCCCACACGAGUAACCAGAGUGCUGCCAACCAGCCGACACACACCGGACCCGUGAGCCUCGGCGGACCCACGUCGCGCGACCUCAUCACUGCGGCUCCGCAGACGAAGGCUGGCGGUAAUGAAGAGGUAUCGCUGGGCGGGUCCGCCGCGGUCCAGAGGACCGCUUCUCCAGCACCGAGCUCUCAGUCGCAUUUCCCGAGACCGAUGGCGCCGGCCCACGUUGGCCCCUUGCUGCCCGCUGCUCCUAUUCAGCCCACAGCCCCCGUGCCGCCCUCUCGCCGGUUCGGUGCCCUUCCAGGACCCCACGACGCGCAUCUCCCCGUCCCGUCUGUCCGCGACUUCAAGCGGACGGCCAACCCGACCAUUAACAGCAGCGGAUUCCCUCGAAUUAGAGAGGAGGGAGCUCACAAGGGCGAUCAGUUCACGGAGGACUCACUAAUGCGCAGCAAUGACCGACCUUAUCAAGUCCCAGACAACGAUGGCAAGGCUGAGGCGGCGAGAAAAGAGGCCGAAAUUUACCUGGAUAUGAUCGAGGGACAAGAACUCAUAGAGGCAGCGAUACAGGCCGGCAAGGACGCCCAGAAUAGGAUCGUCUCGAGCAAGGACCUUGACCAUCCGUUUAACCGCACUCGUGAGUCAAACACCCUCGCCCCGGGUUGGGUCGUUCCCGUCGCCAGGGCCCAGCUGGCAACAAUGAGACUGAACAAGGCAUUACACUCCACCGCAGAGUCCCCAGCGAUCCGGGUGACGCCGACGGCCGACGGCCCCAUCAUGGAAGAGGCGCCGCGACCUUCGGAGCAAGAUGCCGAGGUGUAUUACGUCACGACGCCCCUACCCGAAGUAGACGUGAGCCCGUGUCCGGCCGGGGCCGACUGCCCGGUCCCGGCGUCCGUCUUCCACUUCCACUGCCACAUCAACAAGACGGUGAUCUUCAACAGCACCGACGACUUCAAGAGGGCGGCCACGGGAUACGUGAGGGCGCAGGAGGACCGAGAGAUGUAUGAUGCGGAUUGAUGCGGG